UGCUCAUGCUGCUGGUGGCUGCUUUAACUGGAGCAAAUGACCCGUUGUGUAAACUACUUGGGAAACCAGAAUAUCCCCACUUGUCAAAGGACGGCGAUAUCAUCAUCGGAGCAAUUUUCUCAUUCCAUAGCAGCUGGAUAGACAGGAAUCUGUCCUACACACAUGCACCUCAACCUCUCCAGUGCACCAGAACAAAUCUGAGAUCAUUCCAGUAUGCUCAGACGAUGAUCUUUGCCGUUGAGGAGAUCAACAAUAGUACAGAUUUGCUACCCGGCAUAUAUCUUGGCUACAAGAUGUAUGACUCCUGUGGCUCUUCUGCAAUUGCUGGAAAGGCAGGACUUGCACUGACAAAUGGAUAUCAGGAUUCAGCCUCAGCUGCUCCCUGCUCGGAAAGGGCUGCAGUUCAGGCAAUCCUUGGAGAGACUUCCUCUUCACCCACAAUCGCCAUAUCUACAUCCAUUGGACCAUUUCACAUACCUUUGAUCAGUCACUUUGCUACCUGUGCAUGUCUCAGUGACAAAACCAAAUAUCCAUCAUUUCUCAGAACCAUUCCCAGUGAUUAUUACCAGAGCAGAGCUCUGGCUCAGCUGGUGAAGCACUUUGGCUGGACCUGGGUUGGGGCAAUUAGAUCGGAUGAUGACUAUGGAUUCAAUGGCAUAACUGCAUUUAUUAAAGCUGCCCAACAACAGGGGGUCUGCAUUGAGUAUUCAGAGCCCGUUUUCAGAACAUAUUCUAAAGAGAAAUUUUUGAGGGUUAUAGAGAUUAUAAAGCAGUCCAGCUCUAAGGUGAUUGUGGCAUUCCUCUCUCACAUGGACAUGGUGGUACUGCUCCGUGAACUAGCCCUCCACAAUGUCACAGGCUACCAGUGGAUUGGCAGUGAAGGCUGGAUCUCUGACUCUGCCAAAGUGGAGGGUCACCAUGUCCUCAGUGGAGCAAUAGGCGUCUCAAUUCCAAAAGCAAAUGUUACAGGAUUAAAGGAUGUCCUCUUGGAUGUUCGACCACUGAAUUCAUCUGGCAGUGCUAUUUUCACUGAGUUCUGGGAAACCCUGUUCAGUUGCAAAUUUCCCAGCAGGAAUACUUCAAAAAAUGUCAAAGCGUGCACUGGUACAGAGGAUUUGAGUGGAGUAGAUAAUAUAUACACUGACUUAUCCCUAAUGCAAAUUUUUAAUAAUGUCUACAAGGGAGUCUAUGCAGUGGCCCACACACUCCAAAAUAUUUUGACCUGCAGCAAUAAUUCUCAUCUGUCAAACAGAAAUACAUGUCUCAAUAAUGAACAACUGACACCAGUGAAGUUUCUACAGCAUUUGAAAAAAGUGCGUUUUAAAACCAAGGAGGGUGAAGAGGUUUAUUUUGAUGAGAAUGGAGAUCCACCUGCAAAGUAUGAGUUGGUUAACUGGCAGGAGAACAGACAAGGCCAAAUUACGUUAGUGAAUAUUGGACUUUACGAUGAAUCUUUACCUAUGGAGAAACACCUAACCCUGAGAAAUGUGUCAAUUGUGUGGGCACAAAAUGCAAAACAGGUCCCUGUGUCAGUGUGCAGCGAGAGCUGUCCCCCAGGCACUCGGAAGGCUGUGCAAAAAGGAAAGCCUGUCUGCUGCUAUGACUGUGUGCCCUGUGCUGAGGGAGAAUUCAGCAAUGCCACAGAUUCUAUUGAGUGUGUGCAGUGCCAUUCAGACUAUUGGUCAAGCAAGAAGAGAGAUGAAUGCAUCUUGAAGGAAACAGAAUAUUUAUCCUAUCAGGAAAUUAUGGGAAUAUUGCUUGCAUCAAUCUCUUUACUUGGGACAUGCACAACCAGUAUUGUGGUGACCAUUUUCUUCAUAUACAGACACACCCCCAUUGUGAAAGCCAACAACUCAGAGCUGAGCUUCCUGCUGCUCUUUUCAUUGAAACUGUGUUUCCUUUGCUCUCUUACCUUCAUCGGCCGGCCCUCUGAGUGGUCCUGUAUGCUGCGCCACACUGCGUUUGGGAUCACCUUUGUCCUCUGCAUCUCUUGUGUUCUGGGGAAAACAAUAGUGGUGUUAAUGGCCUUCAGGGCUACACUUCCAGGCAGUAAUGUCAUGAAGUGGUUUGGGCCUCUGCAGCAGAGAAUGAGUGUUCUUGCUUUCACUCUCAUACAGGUCCUUAUUUGUGUGCUUUGGUUAACAAUAUCCCCUCCUUUCCCCAACAAGAACAUGAAACACUACAAAGAAAAGAUCAUUCUAGAAUGUGAUGUAGGAUCAGCAUUGGGCUUCUGGGCUGUACUGGGUUAUAUUGGACUCCUCUCGAUAUUGUGCUUUGUUUUAGCUUUUCUGGCUCGUAAGCUGCCUGACAACUUCAAUGAAGCCAAAUUCAUUACAUUCAGCAUGCUCAUAUUCUGUGCAGUCUGGAUCACCUUUAUACCAGCUUAUGUCAGCUCACCUGGAAAGUUCACAGUAGCUGUGGAAAUAUUUGCUAUUUUAGCUUCCAGUUUUGGGAUGCUCUUCUGUAUUUUCAUACCAAAAUGUUAUAUUAUCUUAUUAAAACCAGAUAAAAAUAACAAAAAGAACUUAAUGGGUAACAGGCCACCGAAAUCUCUGUGAAACAAAUAUAUUCAUAGCUGUCUCUCAAAGACAAUGAGUGACAACUAGAGCUUUCACUUUUUAAUUAACAAUCUUUCACCAAUUGCUAGUGUCCUGCCUUGAUUGACAUAUUUUAAAUUAAUUUGUUCAAAUCUGUAUGUACAUUUUUCAGUCACUGCCAAGCAUUCAUCUGUCUGAGGAGGAUGCACAUCAGCACAUCAGAUGAAACCCUCAAGUUUUAUUGAGAACUGAGCUGCAGAGCAGUGAAGAAUAUUGUUGGAGAAUGUUAAAAAUGCUUAAAUGAUUCAUCAGCUUGGAACUCUAGCUUUGCCUGCAGUUAUAGGGCUGUGCAGGUUUAUUCAUUGCACUCAUGGACUGCAGACUGAAAAGUGAUACCUGCAGCAUGCAAUUCAUGGCGUGCAUAGAUAUUGUUUUUACAUGGUUUUAAUGAAUGUAUUCUGAAGAACUCAAUAAAUAUAUUUAUGAUUAUGCUCUAUGAUCCAUAUCACAGUAUCAUGACAUGAUUCAAACCCAUUAUAAUGCAUUCAUAAUGCUCUAUGUAAUUGUAUUGCAAUAUUUUUGUGACAACCAUGAAUGUGUCAUGAAUGCAUUAUGAAAAUGGAGUUGAUGUAAAAUGUUAGCUACACGCAGGCCAUAUUAACACCAUGAAGAGCAGAAAUAACCAUUUGUACCACAACCAUAAUCAGACAGCAUUGAAACACACUUGUUAUUCACAACAUACGUGGGUACAAGUUGGUGUACAUAAAGGUAGUUUCACAUUGAAUUUAUUAACGGGAACAUUUUGUCACGUGAUUACAUACUGUCUGUA